AUGGGAAAACGAAAAGACUGGAAGCCUACUCGACACUCCGUAUUGUGCAGCGCUCAUUUCCAAGAGGAUUGUUAUCCCCUGAAAUUCCGUUUGGGACUGCUCGAAUCAAGUGGGAAAACAAUUAAGAAAACGCUGAACGAAAAUGCAGUGCCCACUAUAUACCCUACAUGUUUGACAGCAACUACGCCACAACCUGGUAAACGAGGAUCUUUUGUUGAUGAUGUUACAACACCCAAGUCUUCUGUCAAAAGGCCUAGGUCAGCAUUCGUCAAACGUGACAUCCAACGAAUGAUGAGAGAAUAUGAUGAAGCUGAGAAUGAAUCAGAAAAUAUAAAUCAAGAAGCAGAACCAGACAGGGAAUCAAGCACGGAGGUAACUGUCACAUGA